UUAAAACGGCCAGUAUAGGCACUUCGGGUUGAAUGGCCUACUGCCUGUGAUUUCAAAGAGUUCGCCCAUCUCCGCCUCCUCCCUUCUUCCUCGCCAUCAUCUCACUGCUAACCCUACAGGGACCUCACUCUCCCUUGUCUAACUUCAAUUAGUCCCCUGCCAUCCUCUAACCCUAUUUAUCCUUCACAGUGCUCUCGCUUUGGUCACCCCUGUUGCAUAUCAUUCGGACACUGGUGAGUACAUAAUCAUUCCGUGAGCGUCGCUGUGAACUUCAGCUGCAAUCGCUGAAGUGCAGCCAUUCGUCACCCGAGACAUUGAAACUGAAAGUUCUUUGAAUCAGGAAGUGCUGGGUGUGAACAUGGCUUCCAGACAGCAGGAGGAGAGUUUGAAAGAGGAUUUAAUUUGUCCCAUUUGUCUUGAAUUCUUCACCCAUCCAGUUUCACUGGAUUGUGGACACAACUUCUGCCGCUCCUGUAUCACCCAGUGUUGGGAAAAUAAGAUAAAUUCCUGCCCGGAAUGUAGACAGAAGUUUCGGGAAAGAAACCUCAGAGGCUGUCGGGUCUUAGCGAAUCUGGCUGAGAAAGUUCGAAAAUUAAAGCUGAUUCCGAAAGAGGAGGAAAGUAAACUUCACUGUGAGGAACAUCAGGAAGAACUGAAGCUGUUUUGUGAAACUGACAAGAAAUUGAUCUGUCUGAUUUGUAGGGAUUCGCGGGAACACAGAGAGCACCGCGUCAUCCCGAUUAAAGAAGCUGUUGGAAUGUACAGGGAUCGGGUGAAAUCUUCCUUUGAUUCUCUCACAGACAAGAAAUCGGCGGUUCUAGAAAUGGAGCAGCAGCAGAAUCAGAAGAUUUCCCAAAUUAGGGAACAGUCGAGCAGUCUGCAGACCCACAUCACAUCCGAAUUCAUUAAAAUGCACCAGAUUCUCACUGAGAAAGAGCAGCGUUUAAUCCGAGAUCUCAGGAAAGAAGAGGAGAGGAUUCUAGAACCAAUGGAGGAAAAUCUUCGCGAAAUUCAAGACAGUUUAAAUUCUGUUGAGGAGAAACUGUCAAAGUUGGAGAAGCAGAUGGAAAUGAAAGAUGACCUGACAUUUCUCAAGGAGGAAUCUUGUCGGCCAAGGAGGAGUAUCAACGACGUUUAUGUGCUGCCAUAUGCAGGUGCCACUCUGCCCAUUGAAAAAUUCACCGGCCCUUUACAGUACACAGUGUGGAGAGAAAUGAUCGCCGUCAUUAAUCCCGUUCCAGCCUCUCUGACUCUGGAUCCGGACACAGCGAAUCCCUGGCUCAUCCUGUCUGAGGACCGGACCAGUGUGAGGUUCGGAGACAAAGAGCAGGAGCUCCCUGACACCCCGGGGAGGAUUGAUUCCUGGCCAUGUGUCCUGGGAUCGGAAGGAUUCACAUCGGGGAGACAUUACUGGGAGGUAGAGGUGUGGAACAAGACUGAGUGGGGUGUAGGAGUGACUCGAGAGUCUGCUGAGAGGAAAGGGAGAAUCUGCCUGAGACCUGAGUCUGGAUAUUGGACUGUGUGGCUGAUACCUGACCGCGGCUAUGCUGCAGGAACAACUCGAGGAAAUCGCCUCAUCCCAAGUGUGGAACCCCGGAAGAUCGGGGUUUUCCUGGACUAUGAGGGUGGACAGGUGUCAUUUUACAAUGCGGACAGCAUGUCCCAUCUCCACACUUUCACCCACACUUUCACUGAGAGAAUCUUCCCCAUCUUUAAUCCGGGACUGAAUGAGGACGGGAAAAACUCGGCCCCGCUGACAAUCUGCAAGUUAAGUGUCACUAGCAGACCCAUUCCAUAAUGUCACACCCCCUCCCUGUCUCCUGCCAGCUGUAAACUGCUGGGUGUCGCUCUCAGUUACAGGUGGUGCUGAUGUUCUCAUGUUACCUGAGGUCAGGGUAGGUACAGCCCAGUGACAAUGUCUUGUUGACAUCACUUCUGCCGCAUGUCAGGACUUGUGACCAGACCUGUCAACCUUAACUUGUCACCAGAUUUAAGCUGCCCUCAGGACAGGAACAAUUGAUGCCCAAGGGAUUGCUAAAACUUUGAGAGCAGUUUUUCUCCAAGUCAGCAGUGUAUGCUCUUCCUGAGUUUUCAGAGUUUGAAAACUCUGAGUUAUUAUGGGUCUUGUUGGCUGAUGUUAUGACAAGCUGAUGGUAAAUGCUGGGCUGUUCAAAUACCAAAGGGAAACUUGAAACAACUGCCACAACUUGUUUUACAGUUUGAAUACAUUUCGAGAUGCGUGCCUUGAAUUCAGUAGAAAUUAGACUGCCAAUUCUUAUAGGUUUUUGUAAAACUAAAUUAAAUAUUUGUUAAUAAAAGAAAUGAUUUUAAAAUACAUACAUAGAUCUACAAAUUACUACUAUGAUAACUUCUAAAUCCCCUAAUCAAUUGAACCCAUUACAUUUCGUUAAGGCAACAGUAAGACACAUAGAUUUUAAAAGACCCAGACAAAGGAACAUGACACCCUGAACAAGUCAAAUUUGAAGCGAGUACUUUUCACUUCAGCCCCUGGAGACAGCAGCUUGAGGCACAGAUGCUGAAGGCUUUAUCACACACUUAUAAAAUCUUAAAAAUGCCUUCCCUUACAAACAGUCUGUUUUAUACAUACCUUCCUCUUUGAAUGCAAAUACCCAUUGUUUCACUAUGUCUUUGGGCUUUUAUCUCCCUGAUAAUAAAAACCUCUCAUAGCACUAA